GUUUCUGACAGAUGUGACUAUGUCUUUGUCAAUGGGAAAGAAAUGAAAGGCAAGGUUAAUGUGGUGGUCAACUUCACCUACCAGCACCUGAACAGUCCUCUGGAGAUGACGGUAUGGGUGCCCCGGCUCCCACUGCAGAUUGAGGUCUCAGAUGCUGAGCUCAACCAGAUCAAGGGCUGGAGAGUGCCUAUCAUCACCAACAAAAGACCAGCCCGGGACAGCGAGGAAGAGGAGGACGAUGAGAGGAGGGGCCGGGGCUGCACCCUGCAGUACCAGCACGCCAUGGUGCGGGUCUUGACCCAGUUUGUGGCUGAGGCGGCUGGCCCUGGGGCACACUUGGCCCACCUCUUGGGCUCAGACUGGCAAGUGGACAUCACGGAGCUGAUCAAUGACUUCAUGCAGGUGGAGGAGCCCAGGAUCGCCAAGUUGCAAGGGGGGCAGAUCCUGAUCGGACAGGAGCUUGGGAUGACCACCAUUCAG